AGCUGCCUCUGCACAUGAAACUGGGAUAAGAGAAAAAUAUAUUAAUUCAGCCUAUGGAAGAAGGUGACUUUUAUACAUUAAUACAACAUGUUGCUUAGAGGAGGUUUGGAGAUCACAAAAAGGUGCCUGGCAAAAGCCCUGAGCAUGUGUUGGUGAAAAACAAUUAGAUUAUUACAGCCAUCAAUCACCUGAUUGCUUGAGAGUAAAUCUGGUUUUCAGGAGGGCCUCUCUUUCUUUUGGUGAACACAAAAGAUCUUUUGAAGUCAGUGGUUACUAAAAACUGUUUGGUUACCAACGUUAUUCAGAAUAUCUUCGUUGUUUAAAAGAAGAAUGAAGUUCAAUACAGGUUUGGAACAACUUAAGGGUGGGUAAAUGAUUAAAAUUUUCAUUUUGGGUUGAACUGUCCCUUUAAGUUGGGAAUAUUUUAGGUUGUUGGUUAUUAUAAAAGACAACAUGCUUGCAAUGCACUAGCUACAAUGACAAUUCACCAGCCAUUUCAAGGUUUUUAACGUCAUGGGACGUUAUUGUGAAGCAGUAAUUUUCCAUUGCUACUGCUUGAGUAGUAUAAGAAAACCUGUUGGCUUUUUGCUGGUCAGACGUAUUGAAACAUACGCAACAAAGAUUAUUCAAUAAACUCGACUCCUUUUUUUUAUCUUCAUGAUCUAACACAAUCAAUUGAGGACAUGAAGAUGAAGAGAACACAAGAAAUCAGAGAAAAUAUGAUAAAUGCAGAAGAAGAGAAACUUUGGGACAAAGCAGAGCAUUUUGAAGAAAUAAAAGCGGAUAGAAAAUUGCCAGAAGAGUACUAUCAUGGGCUUGAGGAUCUACCCUGGAAUCUGAACUCACUGGAGCAGUUACUGUAUAUCAGCCUGCCAACAUGGAUACAAAGAGCUUUGCUUUGCAACUUAGCAGAGAAUUUUGGCAUCUGGACAUGUCAUAACAACACCCUGCCUUUUCGUCUCAUAUCCUACACCCUACUGCCAUUCACUUUGCCUGCAACAUCUGUCAUCUCAUUCAUCUAUAGAUUUUUGUGCUGGGUGAAGAAAAUUCCCCAGCUGGCUCUGAAUGCAGGCAGGGAAUUCAAACAGGAAGUAAUCACACAUCUGCAGUUAGUCUUUGCACACUUGAGAAGACUUAUGCUGAACAGAUUCCUGCUUUUGCAAAUUCUACCUUUGGUCUCCAUUUUUUCUUGGAUUCUUGCACCCUGGUCCUGUUUGCCAUCUCUUCCUUUUACUUUCCUUCCCUGUUUCUCUUUUCCUUUACUUUCUCGUGCUUUGCGUUUCCUGCCACGCCGUCUCUCCACUUCAACCUCAAAGAAGCAGCCGGAGUGCAGGAGCCAGACUCAGCCUCUCUCGUCUAGACGGCGAUCUCUCCUCUGCUUCCAGCUCUCUGGAUCCAGCAGUUUCUGCAAAAAGACAGAUAGCAUCCUUACAGAUGCAGAGGCACAAUCUUCAGCCUUCCUCUUGCAGCUCAACGUGGAAUUAGAAAUGGACAGCCAUCCUGAACCACUACAGCUUCAGAAGGACGCACUAGACUGUGAGGGAAGUUUAUUACUAAACACAGAAGUAGAUGAGAAUCUCUCAUCUCCUUUUAUUUCUUACAUGGAUGUAGAAGAGGAAGACUGAACGACAAUGCAGUCAAAAGUCUCUACUGUAGAAUAAUAGAAUAUUUGGGCAAUACUCUGAAUAUGGCAAUGUAUACUAGGUACAUAUCAGUGUUGUUGUAAUAAUUACUUGGAAAUUGAAAUUGAGCCGAAAUAAAAUAUGAAUAUUAGAUAUAUUGCUUUGGGAAUGAACUGAAAAUCAGUUGAAGUAUUUAAGUUACUAAAAUUAAAUCUAAUAAUAAUAAUAAAAACAAAACCAAUAAAAAAAUGUAAAUCACAUAAUGACAAAUGUAGAAUUUAGUAAACAUGUAAUAAUAAACAUGCCACAGUGAUAUUCUGGUUUAUGUAAUUCUGUAAUAAUCUAAUAAAUGUUUUAUCAAGUUGAACUUUUGACAGACUUUGCAUAUUGUAAAAAUGGAUCAAAUAGAGCAAUGAAAACAUUGCACAAAUCAGCAUUAAACUGUAUCACUCAAUAGUUGGC